CGAGCCGCGCCCGCCGCGCCUAGGGGCCGCCGGAGUCGCGGCCGGAGAUUCUCCCGCUGAGUCUGUGAGAUGAUGGGAUUGGGCAGUGGGCGUCGCAGCAUGAAGUCGCCGCCCCUGGUGCUGGCUGCCCUGGUGGCCUGCAUCAUCGUCUUGGGCUUCAACUACUGGAUCGCCAGCUCCCGCAGCGUGGACCUCCAGACACGAAUCAUGGAGCUGGAAGGCAGGGUCCGCAGAGCAGCUGCAGAGAGGGGUGCCGUGGAGCUGAAGAAGAAUGAGUUCCAGGGCGAACUGGAAAAGCAACGAGAGCAGCUUGACAAGAUCCAGUCCAGCCACAACUUUCAGAUGGAGAGCGUCAACAAGUUAUACCAGGACGAAAAGGCGGCUUUAGUGAAUAAUAUCACUGCCAGUGAGAGGCUCAGCAGAACCCUGCAAGACCAGUUAAAAGCCCUGCAGAAGAAAUACGGCAAGCUGCAGCAGGAUGUCCUCCAAUUUCAGAAGAACCAGACCAACCUGGAGAGGAAGUUUUCCUAUGACCUGAGCCAGUGCAUCAAUCAAAUGAAAGAGGUGAAGGAACAGUGUGAAGAGCGAAUAGCAGAAGUCACUAAAAAGGGAUAUGAAGCUUCCAGAGAUCUGAGUGAAAAAAGAGACCAAAGCCAGCAGCUUCGAGCCCCCAGUGAACCUCAGCCCAAGCUGCAGGAGGCAGGCCUUCCACAGGCAGAGGUGCCACAAGUGAAAGGAAAGGUGCCUAUCAAUGGUGAGCUCCAAACACCCGCCCCAGGUUCUGAGGUGGCUUUGGAUUUGAAGAGACAAAGUGAGAAAGGCACAGCGGACACCAACGAGAUUCAGGUCGUUAGUGAGGAGGAAGUUCCGAGGGACAGUCCGGGGCUGCCGCAGGAGCCAGGAAAAGGGCAAGCCCUGGAAGACGACGGACUUGUGGAUGAAAGGGGCAUUGGAGAAGCUGGUGAUGUUCGCGAGACCCCACAGGUGCCAGCUGUCCCAUUGGCAAGCCAGGAAAAUCAGGAGACGGAGGGCCCUGAGCGGGACCAACUGGUCAUCCGGGAUGGGCAGGAGCAGCAGGACGCUGAUGAGGACAUGGGGAGAAACCAGCAAAAACUGGGAGAUGACGACUACAAUAUGGAUGAAAAUGAGGCAGAAUCUGAAACAGACAAACAGGCAGCGCUUGCAGGGAAUGAUAAAAACUUAAAUGUUCUUAAUGCUGAAAAUCAGAAAGAAACAUGAUAAAUUUACUUGAUCAACAUGAAUAGAGGAAUCACACUGAAUGAAUCAAACUGGAAUCAGAUACUUCAUGUUAGGUCUAAACAGAGAUCACUACAAAAUAUUCAUGAGGGGUUGAAUACUGUGAAAAGUACCAAGUGAAAAAAAUACAUAUCUAAGGAUGAUAAUUGUGGAGUUUUAGUAUGUACUUAUCUAGGAAAACUGUCUUUUUUAGGCAGUUUUUGGGGGAUACUUUUUAAAUGUUUAUAUUUCACAAUUUGUCAAAAUUAUUUGGCUAAUAGGUGUUUCAUGAGAAGAUCAAGACAAAAAGAGGAAGUUCAAGUAUGGUUACAGUGGCGCUUGAUUAUUUUGGAAUAUAACUUUUGUUUUUUUAAACAAAGUGUAGGAAGUCUUUCUUCUUAGAGAACGCCUCUUACCUCUCCCUGGAGUCAUUUCUUCACAUGCUGUGCAGAGUGGCUGGUACCAGCUAAUUAUUUAUUCUCCCAGGUUAGCACUGAAUAAUUUUAUUGAUAAGCUUACUCCAGCUGUGACAGUCAUUGGCCCAGAGUACUGACAGUCAGCAAAAACAUCACUAGGAACAGUUUCAAAUGAGUCUAAAUACAAAAGUGUUUUGUGCAAGAAUUUUGUUUAAAAAAAAAAAAAAAAAAGAUUGCUUGUAUAAUAAUACUUGUCAUUAAUGGACUAAAUAGUUUUAAAUGAUUUGUAAUUUGAACACUUGUGAUCUAUACUUAUUUUGCUUAAUUGUGUGGGCAAAAGCAGAUCUUUUGGAAUGACUUCUUAUUACUAAGAAAAGCCACUAGUGGAUUAGACUUUUGACACAAUUGGGGCCAAAGUAGAGCUAAACUCAGGUAUCUGGCAGAACAGAGAGAGGGCAGUAGAGCACGGUGGAGGGGAGGUUAAUGGUGACAAACCACCUUACUCUACUACUAGAGGAAGAUGGUGGAUGUUGACCGGGAUAUACAGUGUUACAAAUUUGGGAAGUAUAGAAAGUCAAGAGAAAUGCAACAGUUAAGUCUCAGCUUGUAGCAAAUUAGAUUUGAAAACCAAAUAUUAAUGUUAAUUUGAAAACGACUAAUCAUAAUUCACACUGACAAAAGUGACAUCAGGUUUGACUUCAGCUGGUUUUUAUUUAAGGUAAACUGCUCUUGCCAGUUUUGUGAAUGACUGUCAAAGUCACAUUGACUUUCAGUGGGGCACAGUUUAGCAUGUUUGAAGUCCUUGCAUUUGAGAUGCAGGGACCUCUGAUCACUUGGUAUAACCGCCUCCUUUCAGAGAACCAGGACCCAGAGAAUUCAUGGAGCUUAAAUGCAUGCCAGAUAGCUGGAAUACCUGGUCUCUCACCUCGGGCCAGGGAGGGUGAAGUGGGGGAGGUGGAGGACCGACACACAUGGACUCACUCUGCCCUGGCAAUCAUGGAAUGCAGGUUCUGGUUUUUAUUUAGGUUAAGAUCUCUAACCUGAACGUUCUUCAUGUAUAAAAUCCUUUAACCUAACCACUAAGAUUAAACUUUUCCACCCAGGAAAGCCCACUGAAGAAGGGUAUUAUAAAAGUAGCUUUAUUAUAUUACUUAAGGUUGUGUUCAACCUCCCUCUCUGUCUUACGGUCUUAGGGUUGAUUUUCCCCUCUUGCUUUCUCGGUAAAGCCUAAUAGUAAAACACCAAGUUUAAUCAAUGUGCAUAGUUACCAAGAAAUAAAAUACUGCUAGUUCAGCUUUUAAAACUGCUUUCAUCCCCUAUUCUGUCUCUAAAGAAUCAACUUAAAUUGUGGAUUAAGGAUAGUGGUUUGUCUUAUUAAACCUCAUGUGGAAUAUCAGUAUAAAUAAAUAGCAACCAGAUGAUUUCAUUUUCAUGUACAGAGUCACAAAAAGGCCAUUGAUUCAGGAAGUAUAUACUUUGAGCUACUUCUCUAGGCAGACAUGAUUUAUUACCAUUAGUCUCCCUUAGGGGCACAGGUGCCUAUUCCAAGGUGACUGUUUAGUCGUAGUUAUUUAAAAGGGAAAAACAAAACACAAAACUUGUGUAAUAAACAUUAAGUAGAUAUCAAACCCUGACCUUGGUCUUUUCAUCCACAAUCAAAUAAAUAGCUAUGCUAAUUUUUUAGGUAUAAAACUAAUUUCACACCUUUGUUUAUAUUUUCAAAUGGGGUGCAGACUGACAGGCGUGAUGAUUCAUUUGUCAUAAUCCUGGAUUAGGUUUUAUGAACAAUCACUGCAAUUUUUUAUUUUGUGUGAUGGAACUUGAGAAAAAAACUAUUACCUGUUAUAAAUCAGCAUGCUGCCAUUAAAUCGCUAAAUUAAUAGCAUGGUUGUUUUAAUUGGCAGUAGCUGGUUAGCUAUUCACAGUAAAACCUGAAACGGUGGAAAGAAUUGUGAAUUCAGGGUCAUCUAAGGUCCAGAAAAACCUACUCCCAAAAUUACAAACAGACUGUAGUUUAUACAACAUUCAACUUCUAAGAUGCCUUUGAAAUGAAUUUUAGAAAUACAAAUUUUCCAUUUAUGAUGGGUUAUAUUAACACUUUUUCAUAUGGUUAGCUUAGACUGUGCAUACUCAUUAAUAUCAAAGUUGGAGAAAGCUUAAUUAUAUGUAUAAAUGUCUGUAGGUUUAUGUGCUAUCCCUCAGUUCAGAGGGCAGCAUUUUCUUAAAAUGUACUAAGUCACUGCCCCUUAAAAACAGGUUUGUAAAAUGUAUACGUUUAUGGGUUACUUAAAAUAGGUGUUUUCCUAUUGCACUUUAAGAAAAAAAUGAAAAAAAAAAAAAAAUGAAAUGUUUCCAUCCUUGUUGGUGUGCCUGGGAAAGUUAAAUGAUUUGAUUUGAAAUAUUUUCAUCUUUAAAUGAGAUAUAAAAUUCAGAUGAGCUUUUUUAUAAACCAGGGCCCUGACCAGUUGAGACAAAUGCUUGAUACUCAUUUUACCCCUUAGAAUUAUACUUCCUAAAAAUCCUGAGUUGAGUGACAAUGGCCAUACCUGGUUUGUACAACUUUAUAUCCCUCUACAGAGAUCCUAAAACUGAUGGGUAUUAGAAAUUUAAAGUCAAAAUAAGUAAAUGUGACUCAUCAGAGGUAUGGUCCUACAGAACCUAAUUUUCCAUGUAACUGAAGUCUUGCCCUUUAAAAAACUUUUAGAAAUAGAGUUAAUCUUAGAUUUAGCCUUUUUAGAAUGAAUGUUAAAUAUAUGGAAAUUAGGAUGUAAACUCAGUUUUAAUAAAUAAAUCAUCUUUGAGGAAGAGUUCCUGAUGCUGCUUGUUUUAUACUAAUUUGUCUCUUAAAGCUGAAGUGAAAUGACAGAACCUGCAGGGUGAUACAUCACAUCUGUCUUUAUCUAGAACGGAAAUGCUUAUCUAAGUGGUUUUCACUCUCUAAAAAAGCUACUGCAUUAAAAUCAGUUAACAUCUGAAUAUUAUUUAAGGUAGUUCUGUGACCUGGAGCAGCAGUAUACAGCUGCUGUUUUUUUUUUUUUUUUUUUUCUUUGAAGGACAAUCUUGUUAUAUAACACUCAGGAUCCUUUCUCUAGGAUUUUGAAAUGGGCUCAUUUAAAAGGUUAUUCUAGGAGUCAACAGAACAAAAUAAAGCACCACAUUUUCCUUGAAGCUUGGCUCAAUGUUUGAAUUUUUAAACCUUAUUUUCUCUCCCCAAACUACUUUCUCUGGUCUUGUCUGCUUUUUACUUUGCCUGAGAAGAUUAACAGAUAUAACUUGACCCCAUCAUCCUUGCAUCAAACUCUUUAAUGGUACCCACCAACACAUAAGAUAAAGUCCAAAUUCUUUAACCUGGCUCCCCAAAUUCUGGCCUUCCCCUAAUCUCUCGAUCUUAGUUCUCCAAAAUCCCUUUUCCUGCUCCACACUUAUGUCAAACUGCCUCCCUUUCACCUCUAGAUCUGUACAUGUCUAUUUACCUGCUAAGGCCCCGUUACAGCUAAUGCUGCUUUAUUAACCUUUGAGGCUCCACGGUGCCCCAAAUGGUGACUUUCUCCAUGUACCUUUAGGUGGUUCUCCUACACCAGCAUACUGUAUUUUUCUCAGUUUUUAAAUACCUGUUUGCUUUUCUGCAUUCUUCAUAAGGUUAUAAAUUCUGUGAAAAGAGACUGUCUUAUUUCUCCCAUUGUUUUUUAGGUUCUUGCAUGGCAGAUUUUUUUAAAAGUUCUAAAAGCAACUUCAAUUUUCUGAUUAGGGAACCUGCAGUUAAAAAAAUACUGAAGUUACUAAAGAAAAACACAUUUCUUUCAAUGAAUACAAUAAAUAUUUUGUCUUUCAGUUGAUGACUCAUAGGAAGACUCUUGCUCUUAGGAAGAUCUACUCCUAAAAAACAGCCCAGACAUUUUCAAAUUAGGUUGAAUCCUUGCUACCUCAAUUAUUUUCCUUUAUAUUAGCUGACCCAUAAAAGCCAUGUCAUGUUUAAAAAUGCCAGAGUGAGCCAGCCCAUCAUUUAGCAGAGCCCCUGAGGCAAGGAUCCACUUUAAAUCUUGCCUCAGUUUCUCAGUUGUUUGCUAAAUGUUGCUGCUCUUUCUUAUAUUCUCGUUUUUUCUUUUAACUAUUCUAUUUUCUGUUUCCUACCAUUUCUUUGCUUUUUUUAGAGUUCCCAGAAAUUACCAACAAAUAAAUUAAGCAGAUAACUACAGGUGUGUCCUUCAUCUUUAUCUCCCCAUAGCUUAAGUGGCUAUUGUACAAGCUAUUUUUUUUUGUUGUUGUUGUUGCUAACACUUCUAGGUUCUGUGUCUAUUGGCUGUUUCUGGAUAACACAAAUUUAAGCACUUUUGGAAAAGUAGCCCUGAGAAGAAAGAAGUCAGGAAAAUUUUUAACCUAUAACAAGCACCACCGUAUCAGGCAAGAUUCAGUCAGAUUAGCUGCUUUAAAAUAGUUCCAGAAAGGGCCUCCCAGGUGGUGCAGCGGGUUAAGCGCAUCACUGUGAAGCUGUCCGCAGCCUCUGCAGCACUGGUUCAAUUCCAGGCUGGCCAGGGAGAUACCCACAUGGCACGGUAGACCUCUCCUGUCUCACCCGCUGCUCCCCUCAGCAGUGUAUUUCAGUCAGUCUGCCUGUUCUGCUCCCUGCUCUGCCUCUGGUGAAUUCUCUCACCCUCUCACGCCUCUGGCCUGUACCCCAGUGCUUAUAUAAAUAAAUAAAUCUUAAAAAAAAAAGUUCCAGAAAUAAAGUUUUAAUAUCACCUUUGUAUUUAUAAAGGUGUCAAAUCAGAGUUAAAGCUUGGAACCCCUUUUACCAUACAUCAGAUAUAAAAGAAUGUUAGUCUUAGGCCAAGCCACAAAAGCCAAUUUUAGUCACAGUGUAUGUAGCUUAUUUUGCUACUACUACUGCCCCCUAAGGAGGACGAAAGAGAAGUCCCCAGAGGUCUGGACAGUUGACAUGGCAGCAUGAAACAGAGGAGCAGAGCAGAGACGAGAGGACAAAGAGCAGCAAAAAAAAAAAAAAAAAAAAAAAGGGUGGGGUCUUUUGGCACUGGGCACGUGGAGAGAGUCUAUUUUUAAAUCUGGAGAACACUGGAAAAGACCCCAUUUGAAAAUGUUUCCUGUGUUAAGCUGACUAUGAACUAGUAAACAAAAAGGAAUAUGUCACAUUUAAACCUAGCCUAAAAAUUAACAAUCUACAUUUUUACCUUUUGAACGUCACUAGCAAAUGUCUUCUAAAAGUGCCAAAAGUAACAUGUUUUCUAAAAACAUCUAUAUUCUCUUACAAGUAUAUAAAUUAAGAUGUCAUAACAUAAAAUCACAAUCUUCAUGUAGUCUCCUCACAAAAAAUCGUUUUAAAUGUAUUUUGCCAAAAUCCCAUAAAAGAAUUUUACUAGACUCCUUGAUUUGAAACCUUUUUGGAUAAUUUGUGUGUGAACUACUCAAAUGUUAAAGAGUAAACACCUUUAGUUGGCAACAUGUACCAACAAAGUACUAUUGUUUUUUAUCUCCAGUAGUGCAUUUUUGUCAAGAAAUUUAUUAACCUUUACAAACACUAUUUUCAUUCAUUCAUAAAAAAUGAUUUAUGAUUAAAUCUGUAAUAAUAAAACCAUAUAACGUUCAGCAAUGCAUUCAGUAAGACCAAUUUCAUCCAUGGAACAUAAUAAACCACUUUAAAACAGCAGUUUUCAUUCACACCAUGUAAGGCUGUCAAAUUAAAAGUAUUCCUUAUAAUGGGCUGUUAUCCAAGAAAUCCAUUUCACUUCAUGUUGUGGUAAGACAUGGGAGGAUCCUCUAAGAGUAGAAUCUAAAAAGUAGUGCCUACCCAUUUAUGAUCACAGUCUCUUUCAAACAAGUUUCACAACAGGAAAAUAUUUGUGAGCAGAGAAGUCAAAUUCAGGAGGAACCUGUGAAGAAAACCUAACAGUCAAUUAUGUAUCUACAAAUAUUCAGACAGUAAACAAAGACAUUUUAUUUUAGAGCUUUUCAUUCUGAGAGGGAAGGUAUAGCACAAAAGAUAUUAAAAAUUGGCUUAAUGACAAAAAACAUUGUUAGGAAGGAACCUGAAGAGGAAAAAUAAUUAGCUUAUCUCUAGGUUUACGAAAGUCAUUAGAAAACAUGCUCAUUAGUUGUCCAUUUUCAGAGAACAGUUAAAAAGGAAAAUGGACUUAAAUUACAGGAAAGAGGGUCAUGGUUCAGCAAACUUUUUUAGUUUCAAGGUCAUUGAUAUUACUAAGCAAUACAGUGAGUCACUGGAAAAACAAGGCAGGAGAUAAAGAAGAUGAAUUACCGAAAAGGAUUGGUACAUAUAAUGGGAAAAUGCCAUAAAAAAUGCCUCAGUUCCAUAAUGCAGAACUUCUGUGAAUGGUGAUAUAGCACUGAUGAUAUAACAACUUUAUCAAGGGAAACUUACAGAAUCUUCCAUUUCCUGAGCCAUGAAAAAAGGUCUAACUGUUAUAGUCUUCAUGUUUCUAAAAGCAUAAACUUUUUUUGAUACACUUUCGUUUUGAUCGCAUGUCAUUCAGUAAUUCAUAAGUCAAAAAGCAGAUUUUAGAAAUUUUAAGUCAGCAAAAUAUAAAUUUCAAAGCAAAAUGACAAGUUCUGGUGAAUUUAUUUUCUGUUGCUGAACUUGAUGUUUUAUGAGUGCUUUUUUGGGGGGUAAUAUGCCAUCUUUUUGAAAGGGAAAAAAACAACUUUUAUAAUAAUGUACUUACCUUAGAUUCCUUUUUGUGUCCUCCUGCCAAUAACUUCAUCACCACGAAAUUGGGUUUGGCGACCUUUAAAAUUCUGUUGACCUAAGAAAUGACCAUCAAAUAUAAAAUUCAUAGUCAAAAUGCUUUUAUAUUAUAGAUACAAAUAGUUACGUUGUACAAUGUGUUAAAUAAAGGUACUUCAAAGACAUAAAUAAAAAUCAUACUUUUAUUCCUGUUCCCCAAGCCACUUAGUAGUACCCCCUACCAAGGAGUAAAUAUAAUUAUUAUUAGUAACCCUUAUAAAUAUACAUAUAGUCAUCCGUGGCUCCUUGAGGUUGAAGUGGUAGUAUACUAUAUAUGCUGUCUAGUACUUGCCUUUUAAACUUCUUUUAUCCUGAGGAUAGUCCAUUAUAGUACAUAAAGAUCUUUCUUGCCCUUUUAAAGACUGCAUAGUAUUCUACUGUAUAAUGUAUAAUUUAAUGGUUUCCUACUAAAGGACACUAAAGUUGUUUUUUGCUAUCAGUAACCCUGCUGAAAUGAAUACUCAUAUACAUCCAUUACUUUUCCACACUUGUCACAUGCGCACAUAUAUCUAUACAAUAAAUCUCAAGAAGAACUGCUGGUCCUAAACAAUUGUGACUUUUGACUGAUACUACUAAAUUUUCUUUCCGUGGAUGCUGUAUCAAGAUGUACUCCCUGAAAUGGUCUGUGUGUUACAGGUAACUCUCAUUAACAGAAUAAAUGCAUUACAAUAAAAUUAGGUAUACACUAGUAAAUUGUGAAAAUAACAAAAAUCUGAAGCCAUUAGCUAUUUUUGUAAGUUUUUAGCUCU